AUGGAAAGUGAGAACCACACCAGCCAGCCUGAUUUCAUCCUGCUGGGUUUGUCCAGUGGGCAAGAGCAGGACCGCCUUCUCUUGGCUCUCUUCCUCACCCUCUACCUGCUGAAUUUGCUGGGGAACCUGCUGAUUAUCCUCCUGAUCCGCUCCGAUGCCCAGCUCCUCCGUGCCCCCAUGUACUUCUUCCUCAGCCACCUCUCCUUGGUGGAUGUUUGCUUCACUUCCACCACCAUCCCCAAGAUGUUGCGCAACCUUCACACGGGCCACAAGAACAUCGCCUAUGCUGGCUGCCUGGCCCAGAUGUACUUCUUUGUGGCCUUUGCCAUCACGGAGAACUUCCUCCUGGGCUCCAUGGCCUUUGACCGCUUUGUGGCCAUCUGCCAGCCCUUGCACUAUUCCUUGGUGAUGAGGCCCAUGCGCUGUCAUGUGAUGGUGUUCGUUGCCUGGCUGCUGGCCCACCUCCACUCCUUGCUCCACACCGUGCUGAUGUCCAGGCUCUCUUUCUGUUCCCCUCGCCACAUCCACCAUUUCUUCUGUGACUCCCAGCCUUUGCUGGUGAUGGCUUGCUCCGAGAAGAACCUCAGCGAGAUACUGAAUUUCUACGAAGGCGGCAGCAUUAUAAUAGGGAACUUUGUCCUCAUCCUCAUCUCCUAUGCUUUCAUCUUCCGAGCUGUGCUCCGGGUGUCUUCUUUCCAAGGCCGGAGCAAGGCCUUCCAAACCUGCGCAUCUCACCUGACUGUGGUCACCCUCUUCUACGGCUCGGCGAUCGGAGUCUACUUCCGACCCCUCUCCAGCUACUCUGGGGACAAGGACAAGAUUGCCACCGUCAUGUACACCGUGGUGACCCCUAUGCUCAACCCUUUCAUUUACACCCUGAGGAAUGCAGACAUGAAAGCUGCCCUUCACAGAGCAUUGGAGAAAAAGGUCAGCAGU